UCUCAAAAAUUUCUUUCAAAAUUUCAAAAUUUCAAGUUUUUACCUUCCCCUCAUAAACACCGAUGGAAUAUGUGCCACCGAUGCAAGCAGGACUACAGUGGCAACAGCUACUUGGGCCUACACUUGGGGAGCCAACUAUUCCGAGCUUUGAUUCUUGACUCGAACUUAAAGGUCGCUUAUGUGUCGCAGAUCCGCUAUGAUUUGGAUCUGCCCGAAUUUAAGACUGUCAAUGGAGUGCUGCCAGACAGUGGUCCUGGUGAGUACCUCGCCAAUCCAGUGAUGUGGGUGAAGGCGUUGGACAUGCUAAUAGACGGCCUGGCGACACAGGGUGCGGACCUGCACUCGGUGGCCUCGAUUGCUGGAGCGGCGCAGCAGCAUGGUUGCAUUUUCUGGUCGGAUAUAGGAUUAAGGCGAUUGUGUAACCUGAAUGUGAAUCUGAAGCUCCAUGAACAGAUCACGGAAAGCGCCUUCGAGUUGACCAGAACGCCCACAUGGCAGGAUAGCUCCACAGACGAACAAGUACGCCAAAUGGAGCGCGCCGUCGGUGGUCCCCUUGAACUAUCUAAUAUUACAGGAUCCAGGGCGUAUACAAGGUUUACGGGUCCUCAAAUCCGGAAAGUAUACACCAAAUGCCCGGAGCACUAUGAAAGAACUCCCAAGAUAUCACUAAUCAGCAGCUUUUUGGCCUCGCUGCUCAUUGGCGGCAUCGCCUCCAUAGACUACACUGAUGGCUCAGGGAUGAACCUGCUUGAUAUACGGCAAAAGAAGUGGUCUCAAGAGUGCUUGAACGCCUGUGCUCCUGACUUAGCAAGACGCCUGAUGAAACCCAUUCCCUCUUCACGACUGCAAGGACGCGUUGCGGACUACUACGUGAAACGGUGGAACUUCAGGCCGGACUGCAUGGUUGUGGCUUCUGCAGGAAGCAAAGCAUCGGAGCUGGCUGGUCUUCUGGUGGAGACGGACUUCCUGAUGGUGUCUCUGGACACCAGCGAUGUGGUGGUGAUGCCUUUGAAGAAGGCUCCGGUUUUGGAGGAGGGCCAUGUGAUGUGCCACCCUACCAGGACACUGUAAGCCGAAGACCAAGAUCAUCGUUGUGGGCGAGGACUCCAGGAGCCAAAGUGUCCUACAAAUUGUGGCGGACAUCUUCAAUGCUCCCGUUUACAAGAGAACAGG